UGAUUACAAUUUAAAUUUCGGUUUGCAAUCACAGUCCAACUUUAUUCUUGGUUAAAGUUCUUCUUCUAAAAAUUCAAGCUUCAAUCCCUUUCAGACAUCUAACUCCGCAGAAAGAACCACCUAUUUCCACCAGUUAAGGGUAGCACUAGGAUUUAUUUACUUUCUCACUUCCAUGUCCCGUGUCACGGGUAUCGUCUGUGAAAUGAUUCCCACUGCUACAAGUCGCUCAGCACAGGAACUCGAGCGUCAGCAAACUCUUUCCCCUUUUUUCGGACUAACCCACCACCCGACACCAGACGUGAGUGCGUUUCGUUGAGUCUGUGUGUGUGUGGGUCCACACAGCAUACGCUUGAAACUCCCGCAAGGGAAGGGAAACAAAAACCGGCAUUUCUAUGCUACGGUCGGGAGACAGCAAAAGCGAAGCAUAAACUCACCCCAGCGAGAGUGGUUGGAAACUGUGGUGGUAAAUCUUUUAAAGGGAAAAAAAACGUCUGGCGAAUGCAUUUUAAAUUAAUCGCUCUGGCACUCAGCAUCGACAGUCGCUGUUUGACGAGCAGCCGGGUUGGUCGGGUGUGUUACGUUUGUGCGAGAUCGUGAGACGUUGCGUUUGUUUUUCUGUGCGUCACGUGCGUGUUUACAUUGUAUAGAAAGAAGUUGAAGAAAAAAAUAUACACGAAGGAUGACAUACCUUCGUUAGGCGCCUUCUGCGACGCGAAAAAGGCUACGCGCAUUAUGCGCAGAUUCGGCGCAAUGUAACGCGAAAUGCCAUCCGUCAGUGGAACGCAAACGAUCGAUCAUCGCCGACCGAAUGUCGUUUUUACACAAUGCGCUUUCGAUUAUGAUCGAAACGAUGAAAACAAAACAUAAUCAUAAAAUGUUCAGUGACGAUGAUGAUUGCAAAAUUGAUUUUCGUCCAAAGUGUCGUUCGGCUCAUUAAAUUGGCACGUAAUUUGUUGUGGGCCUUUCACACCAUUGUGGUGCGGUGCGGUUAGUUCGCGAUCAGCCCGAGCAGGCGAUCAGUGAAAUUGCUUGUUGGCAUUUAAUUUUACUGGUGAUUGUGAUAAUGAGCCCAGGGCAUGAGUGAAUUUUAUUGGUGGUCCAUUCGGGGGCUAGUUCUUUGAUUCGAUACGGGGUUUGCAUUGUUGCUGACCUUCAGUGAGCUGAUCGGGAAGGUGUUGUGUGCGUGUGUGUCUAUACAAGUGAUUGUGAUUGUGAGAAAAAAGAAGAAGAAAAGUCAUUCAAGCUUGCGUUCGUUUUUUGAAGUCCCCAAAACGGGAGCAAAAUAAUUAGUGCACUAUUUUAUGCGAACCGUGAUUCUUAUCUUGAUGAGCAGUUUGUGCGUCAGUUUUCUUUUCCGGCUGUCUUUUUGUUCUCUCGAAAUGCUUUUGUGUUAGUUUUAUCGUUUAAUUCGUUUGUCGAAAAAAGACAAGCUGAGCCUAUCUUAUGGUAGCUCUUGUUUAAGAGAUAAUACGCCCCAGAUAAGUCCGUUCAUACACGUAAUAUUACUCGUAAAGUUAGUGGAGCAAUUUGGAAAGAAAGAAAAAUACCUCCACAUGCAGACGCAGCGCAUAGGGCGCACUUUUAUGUUUUCACAUGCCAGAGCACAAGCUGUUUUGCAUCCUUCAACGUCGGACCAUUGGUGCUGGUGCUGCUGACUGGUCAGAUUCCCUUCCCAAAAACCUGCGCCAACAAGUCUUGGAGUGGCACAAAGCAGAAAGGACAACAAUCGACACGGAGCGUACUUUGUGACCAGCCAGGCCCGCCAAUCAUUCAACAAAGUUUCAUUUUCAUGAAAUGGACCGCAAGAAUGGCACAAAACUAUCAACAACGGGAAGCACUAGAAGAAAAUCUUCCUUCAAAUCGAUUGCUUCCAGUGAACCAAAAGAAACCCAACCGGAACGUAAUGGUGGCAAAGUGGAACGUAACGCCAGCAGCAUUCCACUUCAACAAAACACCCUACACUAUGCAGCCAACUUUGCCUCGGUGCAUCGUCCUCGGCAGAUAAGCAGCAUAGCGGCGAUCAAAAGAACGGCCAGCCAGAAUGUGGCUCAGGAUACAUCGGCGGUCGUCUUUAGCGUGGACCCGGACAGCCAGCCAUCGGGUCAGAACGCUUACCCACACCAAAAGCGACACCCGAGGUACAGCCAGCCCAGCAAAGCCGUACCGAUGCCACAGCGCCCGGAAGCGCACGGAAAUAAUGGUCCGAUAGGCCGAUCGAAUGCUAAAGUAGCUCUGACGUACACGGACCAACCGUCCGGCCGAAAUCUGCACCCGGUUGGCUCCGGUGUCGGUGGCGAAAACAAUGGCAGAAUAUUUAAUCAACCGACGCUUCCGCUGCCGGUGCAGAUUCCGAAUCCUUACGCUUAUACGUCGUCACCUGCGGUGCCUACGGUGACGGGCCCAGCAAAUUAUGGUGCCCAGCAGUUGCAGUACAGACCGGCGCAUCAGCAACCGGUAACACAAAAGACUGAUUAUCUGCAGCCGUCGUCUGGUGGCAUCAGACAGGGCGUAAAUCAAAAGUCCUCAAGCUCGACAGGCAUGCCGGCAGGGGUUGGAGAUGGCUGUCGACGGGUUGCUACUCAACCGGCCGGUACCGGGACUGGUAGUCGUUUCACGAAACACCAAUCAACCUUGGCACCAGCACAAACUGGCCUUGCUGCUGGGAAGCUAACAUCGAAGCUGCUGAAUGACAUCUACGAAAAACACUUGUUGAGCCAAACUACCUUCGAGGUGGGCACGAACGGGCUAACAAGUUCCUCCCCAGCAGUGAAAGCACCCAACAACUCACCGGGCAAACACAACUCCACCGAAGUGACUCGAACGCUAACGAAGAGUGACACCCGGUUGCGUGCCACGUCGAAAACCACGGCAAAGGAAGGUACAUCCGUUGCGCUGUACGAUCCAACCCUACGAACUGCCGAAACGGGUGAACUUAAUUUGUACGAGUCCGUGCGCAGCAAUUAUCACAUAUACGAAAAGAUUGACUCGCGAAGAUCUUCUCUCGGCGGUACCGCAACUCCACCGGUAGCAUCAUGCGCCUCGUCUGUGGCAUCCUCGCUAGAACAAUACGUACGUCCGGUGGCUCCACAUCUUGCUCCUCCGCCACUACAUCCCCGUCCCAAAUCACACCCUUCCGGUGGGUUAGAAUCAGAAUCGAAUGUCACGACGAACGAACUACAAAAAUCAAUACAGUUUAGACUAGCAACGAACAGUUCCGGUGGCUCCAGCGUUCUUUCACCGAUCCAAGAACGUCCUCCAUUACCACCGGCGACUGGUAGCAGAACUUUGGUACCUUCACAAAGAAGUUCAUCCACACGUUCUGAACGGGUCAAUAUUGCACUGGAAACGGCCAAAGCAAUUGCAACGGCAGCAUACAUCGAGAGAGCUGCACAACGAUUGGCUUCCGGCGGUAGCGAAAUUGCACCGGUAACGAAAAACGGCACCACGGAAAUGAGUGCGAACGGUGGUUUCUGUGGAGCGAUCCAGCGGGCACCGCCACCGAUACCGGCCGGCCUUGCCCGUCGGAUGGCGAACCGGGAGAAUAUCGGCCUAGGCAAGGUUAAAGUCAUGCUCCGAGUGUCCGAUGAUCCACCGAGGCAAGCGUCUACCGGUGAACAGCAGGACCAGCCGGCGCCGGGAUCGAGUUCGGGCACGACAGCACCCACCUACCUGACCGUGGACAAAAAGAAGCGUCAGGUGACGCUUACCGAGACGCAAAGCAGUGCAACGAUGGCUCCAUCCGAGCGUGGACCGAUGGUGUCCGCACCGAAAAUGUUUGCAUUCGAUGCAUUAUUUACGACCGAGGACUCGCAGCAAGACAUCUGCGGAACGGCACUGUCAGAGGUGAUACCGGCCGUGCUAGAAGGAUCAGAUGGUUGUCUCCUAUCACUAGGAUACCCGGGAGCAGGUCAAUCACGCACCAUGUUCGGCACGGUGACAUCUCCCCCGGGAGAUCUCGGCGCAAUACCGUGCGCCAUCUCAUGGCUCUACAAGGGUAUUAAUGAGAAACGUCAAAAAUCGGGCGCCCGGUUUUCCGUGCGUGUCAGUGCACUCGGCGUGAACGCAACGAAACCGGGCUCAUCCUCGAGGGAUCUGCUAGCCGGACAUGCGACAGAAUCGGACGAUUCGCCCGGAAUGUAUUUGAGGGGAGAUUUUCUCGGCCGACCAACGGAACUACGAGCGCCAACAGCGGAACGGGCUGCACUCUUUCUCGAUCUGGCCUUAUCGGGACGAUCGCAGUGCAAUUUCGAACCGGCCUUAAUCUACACGCUGCACGUCUACCAGUACAGCUUGUCGGGAAAGCGAGGUGUUGAGGGUGGAAGAAGCCGACUGCAUCUGAUCGAUCUUGGAGGAUGUGCGAAUCGUAACGGAGGUCUACCAUUGUCUGGUAUUGGGAACGUUCUGCUUGCGAUACUGAGCGGCCAAAAGCAUCCCCCAAACAGGGACCAUCCACUGACACCUUUACUACGAGACUGCCUUGCACCUAUCACCUGUCAUGUGGCUGUUGUGGCACAUGUAGCUCACACACAGACACAUACGGAUACGCUCACGACCAUUCAGCUUGCCUCGCGCAUCCAUCGGAUGCGACGAAGACUGCGGCCACGGAAUCAUCUACUAGGAGACAAAGGACUGAACAACGGAUCCUCCGGACAUCAGUCGGGUGGAUCGUCCGAGGGUCCGGACCCUUCCAGUUCUGACUUUUCGCAGGACACCGUCAUCUACAUGGGACCCUGCGACGAUCCAACGGACGGUGAACAUCCGCCUGUGUAUCUUCCCAGCCUAAACUCGGGCGACAAUCGGUGCGCAAUGAACAAGGCACUUAAGGGUUCGGUGGCGGAAAAGGGACCCUGUACGGCGACACCUUCACCGAAGAAGAAAAUUUCUACGGCUAAUGCUUCCAAAGCAGCUCAACCAACGAAUGCUCCCGUCACGAGUAACGUUGCCACCGUAGUUCCUGGACGUACUGAUAGUCUGAAGCGCAACCAGCACCCAUACGCUCACCAGCAAGUUCAAGGCACCGAUCUGGUCUCGAACGCCAUUCAGAUACCGUCCCAACAUGCCUCUCCCAAAGUGAUAGCGGGAGCCUUUAAGCAUGUGUCUGGCGUCAGUAAAGGCUCCAACAUCCCUACGCCAAAGGGUUCACCCAUGAGACGGCCCAAUGCGGGACCAUCCGUCACUACCGUUGGUACGUCCGCCAACCAUGGGUCAGCCCGCGAAAGUCCAUCACGACAAAUUAGCGAAGAAAAGUGGAUCGAUGGUCCGCGCGUAUCGAAAUCGAAGGUACACGAAGCGCGCCACUUGAUGCGUGAGAUCAAUCACGUCAAGAAGUGUGAAACGUGGGUCGAUGGUCCACGGACACACAGUGCACAGCCGCAUGCGAGUCAUACGCAACUCCCGUCAGCUAAUGCAGCGGUGGCUGCCGCUAUUAACAUUGCCGGUGGAUAUGGGUUCAUGGAUACGCACAAGAAAAACAUGAUCCGCCAGUGGGUCGAAAAUCAAUCCAUCCAGCUACUGCAACAGUCCAUGUCGGCUAAUAAUUCACCAAUGCACACAAAACACCACACCACCUACAGUCUGCCAAAGUUUAAACCGAGCCGUUCGGAUGAGGAUGGUUUCCUGACACUCGAACUCGAUCGUGGUGGUGGUGGCGGAGAUGAGUUAGUUAAUCCGAUCGCUAUGAGAGGCUUUACAGCUGCCACUACCAUUGCUGCUAACAGUUCUGAAAGUCACGUACGAACAGGGUUGAAACAGGGUUACAGUCUCGAUGCGGAACAGAUGCCAGUGCCAACAGUGUCCACUCAAUCCGCACUUCAUCACCAACAGCCACAGAAUCAACCACUGUACGCUUCCAUUACUCUUGCGUCUAAGAUGUCUAAUGUAGCUGCAGCUACAACGAUGACAUCUACGAGCUCGCUUCAUGACAAUCAUUCGGAACGAUCGCGGACAACAUCGCAGGCAAGUGACAGGGCAUCGCACACGCAACAGCAGCAAACGGACGGGACCACCCAGGAGGAAGAGGACCAAGACAGUGGACCAUCGGAAGUACCUCCAGCCUUACCGCUAAUGGAUCCGCUAGGUUCGCGAGAAAUCUCACACGAAAGCAUACACAUGCUGUGUUCGAGACAUGCCUCCAGAGAUGACGCUAUGAGUGUGCACAGCCACAACAGUCACAAUAUCGGCAUGAUGGACUGUGGGCUGCAGGUGACGGAGGACGAAAUUGCGAAGGCAAUGAAGGGCGAGCAUCCGCUGAGCGCCCUGAGUCAUGGUGAGUUGUCCAUUGUAUCGAGCUUCAAUGUUGGUGGAGAUGUCUUUAGUGAUUGUGUAAUCGGCGAUAAUAUGAGGAGCCAAUUUGACCAACUCGCGCGACUACGCGAAAUCUUCACCUCCCAGCUAGCGAUGGCCGAGGUGACACCUUCCUUCCGGCUAGGAGAUACGAACAGCGUCUACAGUGAGCCUGCCUACCGGUUCAAUGCCGGCCCGGGGAGUGUCUGCAGUGAACCGGCCUACCGUCCACCGAGUCCUCGCUGUCGUGACUGUCGGCAAUCGAUGACCAUGUCCCGCACACCAAGCCAAAGUUCUCUACCGAGUUUGACGGGAAUCGUAGCGAUUGCCGGUAUGGAACAGUAUGCCUCGCUUCGCCAUCCGGACGGUGCCUCCGACCCAAACCUACCAAAGUUGGAAAAAACUACAGACGAUCUGAUGAUGGACUCGGAGGAACCACACACGCACAUCCGAGAGAAUCCCCUCUCCGAGCUACUCUGCCAGAGUGAGGACGAUGAUGGUCAGCUCAAGGGACCAACUUCGAGCCUUCUCCCUCCACAGAAUCUUCCCACCCUUCCUCUACUACCUCUCUCUACCCCGGAAGCGUACGACAGUGGCCAUGACUCGACACCGCGUACUUCGAAACAUUCGGGCAUUUCGAGACGCGCCGAGAGUGGAUACCACAGUGUUGGAACUGUACGUGACAGCGAUGAGUCGAGCUUUGGUUCUGCCGCAUCCAGGGCACACCAGAAGUCGGCCGGUGCGAGUGGGAAGAAACGUAACCGGGCCGACAACAAAUCGCUCUGCCACUGGUUACGGAACCCGUUCAACUGCACGUACCCGGACACGGAGGGUGAAAUCAGUGACUUCUAGAACGCGAGAGACUCGCUGACCGUUCGAUGUGCUAUAGCUAAUUUUAUCCGUUAUCGUCGUGACCGCGCAUGGCUGCUAUCGGUGUCGUCGGAUUGUUUUUUGAUGUGUAUUUGUGAAGCCUGCAUUCCGAAUCGCCUAACUGCUGACAAUAAGAAGAAGUUACUCAAAUCGAUCGCUUCCUGCAAUGCUGAACGGAACGCGAAUCUAAGGACGGGGUAGGAUUCGAAACACAAAUCCAGCUCAUGCUUCAUAUUGGUGCAAUGAGCCUAUUUCUUUCCAUUUUGGGGUUUAUUACGUAUUAUCGGUUUAUCUAUUCACUUGCAUUUAUUUCUUGUCGUAUCUCUCUUCUACUCUUUCUCUCUUUUUAUCUCGCUCUAUAUCCACUAUAUCAGACAAAGGAGAACAACUAAUCCUAAUCGUUACGCCACGCUUCUGUCACUGUUGGGUAAUUGUACUGUUAUCAAAAUGUUAUCAACCUAUCAUUUAACGUCAAACCAUGUUACAGAGGUCUCUCAUUACGAACAGCUUCCUGCUAAUGCUUCCUAAUCUCUCUAAUCGAGGAGAUAUAAUUAUGACACAAACAUUGUACAGACUAGUUUUUAACAUGAUUAUUAAAAUCGAAUUUGAAACUCAACCGUGUUGGUGGAAAAGACCCACUGAAUCGUACUUUUUUUUUAUUUUGCAAAAUUAAAUAGUUCACCAUUGAACAAACUACGAAUCUAAGCGUUUGCCAAAAAAUCGUCCAACCAAAAGGUCGCUGUCUGCCGCUAAAUGCCGCUUCCACGGAGCUAAUUACGUUCGCAAAUUAAGCCACACGAGCCUCUGUAUCUCCUGCUGCUAGACUAAGUGGGCAAUUGAACUGAUUUGUGCGAUAAUUAUCUCCCUAUCGGCUAUCGGAAAACAGCACUCGGUUAGUUAUAUUGGCCUCUGUAUAGGAUGGGCUUUGUUACAAAUACACGUGUAAAAACAAAACAUCGAAAUGGAAAACAAAAAAAAACAAAUCGUUUCUGUACAAUCUGUUAUUAAAUCAUUCAGAGGAAGAGUGGGGAAAGAGAGAGAGAGAGCACGAGUGCGAGGAGUCAACGGACGUUGUUCGCAAUCGAUCGAACAAUUGUGGCAAUUACGUAUGCGAUAAUCACCAUGGUAAUGGGCACGGUUUAAAAUCCGAUUUGUGUUCGCGCGUUCUUAAGUAGCGAAAUAAAAUAAAUACACGCUAAAAUAAAUAAUGCAUUCAAAACAAAAAUGAGCGAGCAGGAUAUAAAGAUAGAGAAAGAGAGAAACAAAAAAGAAGAGAUACAGAGAAUGUUAUUAGUUUUCAAGUUCCAAUCCAUCAACAAUUAAGAUUAAGCGGGGUGCAAGAUGCCAUCUACCAUAGUAAUCGCUAUUGAUCGUUUGAGAUUGCUUUUAGCAAAAAAAAGGACACCUCAUGAUUUAUAUUUUAUUACUUUCUUCCUUAUAAUUUGUAUACCACGCCAGAUGCAACGCUUGCAAUUUGCUGUGUAAACAAUUAAACAAAUGACAGUUACUACUUAAAGCUGUCAAGUUGGUUACUAAUUUUACUAUUGGUUUUCAAUCGAAUCGAACUUGAUAGUAUAAUGAACUGAACACAUUUUUCAAAUGCCAACGAAAACGUAAAAAUAAAACAGUAGAAGAAAAUCCAUUUCAUCCACAACACUGUAAAGCUCCACUCAACCAGAUCCAUCGAGCAUAUUAUAGCAGCGGACACCUAGAGUGGUUUGUCCAGUUCCAAAUACAGGUACAGACUUUUAGAACAUUUUUACAAACAAGAACGGAUUCGCGGGACCGGUUAGUGUAAUCUUUUAACCCUACCCGCUCAACCCAUCUAAAAAAAAGGCGCUCGUAAGCGUUAAAGCUGCUUUGAAUUCAAAACAUUUGCUAGCUAUCCCCAAAUUCAUCAUGAUUCAACUAAAGCUGCGCGCGUGUGCGGCGUAUACAUACGGACAAGCGACACGCAACAUAGCUGAAACCGAUCAUAUUAAUGUAAUUAUUGCGAAAGCUACUGUACGAAAAGUUAUUGUAUAAUCUUUUACUACUGCUUUUAUGAAUACUCAAAAAGCGAAAAAGAAACCCCGCGGGUGAGGAUUAAUCUACAGAAAAUAGAAAAUAAUUUUAUAAAAA